AUGAGGAUAUCGGGAACAGCGGCCGGGGUCCGAUUCGAGCCCGAAGACGACCAAAUCAUCACUUAUCUCCUCGAUAAGGUAAUGGGCAAUGCUUUGCCCUUCAAUCCGGUGAUCGAUUGCGACCUGUACGGUGAGGACGAGGCUUGGAAGGAGCUGUUCGUUGAAACAGGGGAGCCGGAGUUGUAUUUCUUCACCAGAUUGAGGAAGGCGAAGACGAACGGCGGCGGUAGGGUUGAGAGGACCGUUGGCUCCAAGGCCACGUGGCGGUCGAGCAAGGAUGACCCUGUUUUUCUCCCCGGCCAGAACGUCCAGAUCGGGUCGAAGCGUACUUUUACCUACCGUCCCAACCAGAGAUCGGCGGCCGGCGGCGGGGAGGUGGUGCCGACGGAGUACCGCCUCGACGGCGUACUCGGCUGCGUCGCCACGGAUCUUGUGAUGUGCUCGGUGAGAAGGAAAGAAGGAAGCAGAGCAUCCUCUGAGAUGGAGAUCAUCGAGGCCGGGGUACCGCCGGCGAUGGCGGCGCCGGCGGCUUCGACGGCUUGGCGUUUGCGGGCUUGUGGGUCGAUGAUGACUCAGCCGGUGAUGGGAGGAAUGGUGUCUUUGUGCUAG